AUGUAUCAGGCUCGGAAAAAUCCUGACUGGAUCUGUGAUCAUGGCGCUUUCAGUCAAGUUCGGCAGGAGUUUGAGGUUCUGGAGGAGCAGCCCGGUGGGACAUAUGUGGGCACCAUCGACACCAAACCCUCCUUUACUUACAGAUUCAGCGAACACCACAAACUUUUUUCCAUCAACGCCACGACGGGCGUCAUCUACACGUCCUCUGUGAUCGACCGAGAAGUUCUGCCUAGUAACAUCAUCAAUGUGGUGGUUCUGUCCAGUCAGCCCACUUACCCCACCGAGGUGCGCAUCGUGGUUUUGGAUAUUAACGACAACGCGCCGGUGUUUCCUGACGCGUCGAUCGUGGUGUCGUUCAAAGAGGACGCGAGCAGCGGACGUCAGGUGAUUCUGGACACCGCGACAGACUCGGACAUCGGGAGUAACGGAGUGGAUCACACCACCUACCGAAUCGUCAGCGGGAACGAACACCGAAAGUUUCGCUUGGAUAUCACCGUCAAUCCGAGCGGAGAGGGCGCUUUUCUGCACUUGGUCUCCACAGGAGGGCUGGACAGAGAAUUAACCCCCUUCUAUCAACUCCUCAUCCAAGUGGAAGACAAAGGAGAGCCUAAAAAAUUUGGGUAUCUGCAGGUAAACGUCACCAUUCAGGAUAUAAAUGACAACCCGCCUGCUUUUGACCAGGAUCAUUACCAGACCAGUGUGUUUGAGGACGCUGCCAUUGGCUCUGGUGUUCUCCAAAUAACAGCCGCAGAUCUGGACGAGGGCGCAAAUGCUGAUAUAACAUAUUUUUUAGAUGAAGGAACUCCUUUUCAGAUUGACCCUAAGGCUGGGACUGUGAUUAUAAAGGAGGGGUUGGAUUAUGAGACCAGGAAGGAGUAUUCCCUCACUAUCCAUGCAGUAGACAACGGUGUCCCCUCUCUCUCAGGCAGGUCAGAAGCGACUAUAAAACUGCUUGAUGUGAAUGACAAUGACCCCGUAGUUAAAUUUCGCUACUUCCCUACCACAUCCAAAUUCGCUUCGGUGGAUGAGAAUGCACAGGUGGGCACCGUAGUGGCACUAUUAACAGUUUCUGAUUCAGAUUCAUCCACAGCUAACGGUAAUAUUUCAGUUUCUAUACUUGGUGGAAACGAACAGAGACAUUUUGAAGUCCACAGUUCACCCGUCCCCAAUCUGAGCCUAAUCAAAGUAGCCAGUGUGCUCGACAGAGAGCGAAUCUCCUCCUACAACCUCACAGUUUCAGUGUCAGAUAACGGCAGGCCUGUCGCUCGCUCGUCUUUUGCAAGUCUGGUUAUAUUUGUGAACGAUAUUAAUGACCAUCCACCCAUAUUUCAGGAAGCUGUGUAUAGAGUAGACAUCAGCGAGGACAUUCCUAAAGGCAGCUACAUUAAAGGGGUCUCAGCCACAGAUGGAGACUCCGGGCAGAACGCCAAUCUCCGCUACUCACUGGUGUCUGGAAACAGUUUGGGCUGGUUUGCCAUCAGUGAGAACAGUGGUUUGGUUACCAGCGCAGCAGAGCUCGAUAGGGAAAUAGCUUCUCAAAUAGUGCUGAAUAUCAGUGCCAAAGACCAAGGCCUGCAGCCGAAAAUCUCCUACACCAAAUUAAUAGUGAAUAUCAACGACGUUAAUGAUCAGAUCCCCACUUUCACUCAAAGCACAUAUCACAUCUCAUUAAUUGAGCAUUCACCAGCCGGAUCCGAGCUUGUGGUGCUGUCUGCCACAGAUUCGGAUCUUGGUGCCAAUGGCACGGUUCGAUUCUCAUUUGACCCUGAAACCCCCGUGAGCAUUCAGAAUAAGUUCAGGUUAGAUGCAAUAUCGGGCAGGUUGAGUACAGCCACAGAGUUAGACAGAGAAGAAGAGGGCUUCUAUCUGUUGCACAUCAAAGCCACAGAUGCAGGCACGCCCCCCCUUUACUCAAUCUGCAAAGUCAAUAUCACAUUGCAGGACGCUAAUGAUAACAGCCCAGUGUUUUACCCUGUGCAGUAUUUUGCCAAUAUCAAAGAAAACGAGCCUUCAGGCUCAUUUGUGACUACUGUAACAGCUUCCGACCCUGACCUUGGCCGCAACGGCACUGUAAAAUAUGCCAUCACUGCUGGUGACUCUUACAAGUUUCACAUCAACAGCAACUCUGGUAAAAUCAUGACUCUAGUGCCACUCGACAGAGAGGAGAAAACCUCUUAUCAGCUGCAGGUCACUGCGACGGAUGGAGGCGGAUUGCGCUCAAACACGCAAGCUAUAGUCACAGUCACUGUUGUAGACACACAAGAUAACCCGCCCGUCUUCAGUCAGAAAGAGUACAGCUUUGUUAUGUUUGAGAACGUGGCUGUUGACACCAUUAUUGGCACCGUGUCGGCCACCACGGUAGAUCUGAACACAAAUAUCACUUAUUUGAUCGCAUCAGGGGACCAGCGCGGUCUGUUUGCUAUCAAAGGCAGCACAGGGCAGAUCACAGCUUCAGGGCUGAUAGACAGAGAAGAGCAGGCGUUUUACCAACUCAGGGUGAUUGCAAGAGGUGGGGAGGUUACAGGGGAAGCGCUAGUUAAUAUCACAGUGAAGGAUUUGAAUGAUAACGCACCUCAUUUCAUUCACAAUGUCGAGCAUGUCAGUGCUGUGGAGAACUGGGCCACCGGUCACCAAAUAUUCCAGGCUAAAGCUUCGGAUCCUGAUGAGGGGACCAAUGGUGUGGUCAAAUACAGCCUCAAACAGAACGCUAAAGGCUUGUUUCAUAUCCACGAAAGACAUGGAUUGAUCACACUCACUGGCCCCUUAGAAGUCACCACCAGCUCCUACCAAGUGGAGGUCGUGGCCUCUGACCUUGGCGUUCCUCAGCGCACCUCCAGCCUCAUUCUCACCAUCAGCGUGUAUGAUGUUAAUGACAAUGCACCAGUUUUCGACCAGCUCUCUUACGAAGUCACCAUUCUAGAAUCCGAGCCCGUUAAUAGUCGCUUUUUUAAGGUGGAGGCCAGCGAUAAAGACUCUGGACUCAAUGGGGAAAUUGUGUAUGACAUCGUUAGCGGUAACACAAAUGACGUUUUUGGGAUUUUCCCUGACGGGCAGUUCUAUAUUAAGGCAGAAUUGGACAGAGAAGUACAAGAUCGGUACAGUUUAUUAGUGGUGGCCAAAGACAGAGCCGUCGAGCCACUAAGCGCCAGCGUUAAUGUGACAAUUCUUCUUGACGAUGUCAACGACAACCGUCCGCUUUUCAACAGCACUAAUUAUGUGUUCCACUUCGAAGAAGAGCAGGAGCGAGGCUCUUUUGUUGGGCUGGUUUUCGCUGAGGACAAAGACUUUGGGCCAAACAGCGAGGUCCGUUACUCCUUUGAAACGCCGCAGCCAAAUUUCGAGCUGAACGCUAUCUCAGGCGCAUUGACCAGCACACUACAGCUCGACCGCGAAUCUCUCAUGAGACAGAGAGGCGCCGCGGUGUUCAGUUUCACAGUCGUAUCCUCUGAUCAGGGCCUUCCCAAGCCUCUCAAAGACCAGGCCAAAGUUCAAGUGUACAUACAGGACAUCAACGACAACCCGCCGAAAUUCACCAAAGACAUUUACCAGGCCUCUAUCUCAGAAUCCGCCCAGAACAUGACGCAGCUGCUCCGAGUCUUGGCCUCAGACGUAGACGAAAAUAAAAACGGCCUUGUUCGCUACGACAUCAUGGAGGGAAAUGAGGAGAAACAGUUUAGCAUUGACAGCACUUCUGGUCAAGUUACUCUAGUGGGAAAACUAGACUACGAGACAACACCCUUUUACUCCCUCAAAAUUAUGGCGGAGGACUCUGGGAUUGUGCCUCUGUCAUCCACUUGUGUAUUGAGCAUCAGUGUUCUGGAUGAUAAUGAUAACUCUCCAUCAUUUCCCAAAUCAAUUCUCACAGUGGAUGUGCUGGAGAACAUGCGGAUUGGAGAGCUGGUUGCCUCUGUAACCGCCACAGACUCUGACUCUGGAUCCAACGCUGACAUCACAUACAGCAUCUCCGCCACCAACAACCACGGGACUUUCAGCAUCAGUCCCAACACUGGCAGCAUUUUCCUGGUCAAAAAACUGGAUUACGAAACACAGUCGCUAUACAAACUCAAUAUCACAGCCAAAGACAGCGGAAGGCCAUCCAGGUCUUCCACCAUUCCGGUCAUCAUUCAUGUGAGAGAUUUUAAUGACAACCCUCCUGUUUUUACACCAGGUGACAUUUUUAAAUCCAUCCCUGAAAACCUUCCGCUCUCCACCUCCGUCAUGACUAUAACAGCUCACGACACGGAUGCCGACAUCAACGGCCAGCUGGAGUACUCCAUUGCCAUGCAGACUCCUAGGGGUGGGCAUUUCCGCAUUGACCCCACGUCUGGAGUGAUAAUUACGAACAAGGAAAUAGACAGAGAGUUCUCCAACCUUUUUGAGCUGACCAUCAAAGCGACCGACCAGGCUGUGCCGGUCGAGUUCCGCCGUUUUGCUCUGAAAAACGUUACUAUAUGGGUGACAGACCAAAAUGACAACAUACCUGUAUUUAUCUCCCAGAAUGCCCUAGUGGCAGAAUCCAACAUAGUAAUCGGCUCCAUUCUGACAACAGUAGUGGCUUUUGACCCCGAUGAGGGUGCCAACGGGGAGGUGGAGUAUGAACUCUUAAGAGGAGAUUCAGACACGUUUAUCAUGGACCGCUACAGCGGAGAUAUCAGACUAGCCUCUCAACUCGUUCCCUCAAAGCUCAUCUACAGUCUGACCGUGUCCGCUACGGAUCACGGCACGGAUCGCAAGACCUCACGGACGGAGCUGACCAUCAUCCUUCAAGGUUCAGAUGGCCCGGUCUUCUCCCAACCCAAAUACAUCACUAUUCUAAAGGAGGGCCAACCACCUGGAACCAAUGUCAUCUCUUUGGAUGCCUCCAGUCCACGUGGCACCGGCACCAAAGUGGAGUUUUUUAUUGUUUCAGUCCGGAGCGGAGGGAAGGCCGCAGGCCGGCUUUUCACCAUCGGCCGCCACUCUGGGAUGAUCCAAACAGCUGCAGAACUGGACAGGGAGCAAGGCUCAGACCUCUACUUGAUAGACGUGUACGCCAUCGAAGCCGACGCCAGCCAGCCCAGAACACAACAUGCAGAGGCUAGCGGUAUUGUUUCAGCUCGGAGAGAGUGCAGGCCUUAAUCUCAGAGCGUAGCGCUCGCUCUGCAGAGAGAGGGGAACCCUGGGUAAAAUGUGCUGCUUUGUGUUCCCGCUGCGACUGAACUAAUCUCUGUUAUCAGCAGAGACAAAUUCAACAAAAAAGAUGCCCUGACAGCGCGAUUGCAGAUAUUAAAAAUACGAAACCACAGGAUGGAAUUGUUUGUUUCUUUCUUAUUGUAAUAGUUCUCUGGCCAAGUAAAUGCAGGGUAUAAGGGAAAUGAGUGGGGGAGAUCCGUGUGUGGGUCUGAGAUACCUGUCCCCCACCGAGUAAGCAGAGGAAUUAGCCUGGGUUUGAAUGCCUCAGGCGAUGUCGGAGCAGGGUGGUCUGUGAGACCCUGCUUUGUGCCACCAGCUUUGCCUGAACAGGCAAUAAGUGACCAUUAAAUUCAGCUGACCCUCUAAGUCUCAGUGAAUAGAAAUUUCCUUUCAGAGGGGGAUGAGUGGAGUAAGAGGAGGAAUCUCUAAAAGUGAAACUUUAUCCGCACGUUCAGUUGGUACACUGCGACGCAUCUGCGUUGCUCCCGCUAAACUCUCCCUCGAGGGAUAGAGUUAAACUCUCGGCUGCAGGAACCAGAUGAAAUUCUACACUGGGCUUGUGGGUUUGUGUGCACAGGCCUCUGCUCAAAUGAAAAACAAAUGUGAUUCUAUAUAUGUGUGUGUUUUGGAAAUUUCAACUGGAACCGAAAAUGUUAUAUUAUUACAGGCUUGAUGAUUUGCGUUUAUAAAGUGGAUUUUUUUUCUCGUUCUCUGCUGCUGUGAUGAAAUGUGCUUUGUGUUAGAGUCUUGAAAAUAGCUUCCCGAGAGGCGUUGCUCUCCAUUCUGAGAGAGAGAGAGUGAGUGUAACUGAAGCCAAAACGGUUUGGGUUUGCUUUGCUUUGUUUGUGAGGGGGUGUCAUCGCUUGUGUCAGCUAACGGUGUGCUGAAGUAACUCAUCUGAGGUUGUGUGAAAGUUUCCAUGUGAAGUGAAGAUCAUGUACAGCAGUGACAAUGAAAGCAGAUGUGGGUGACAUUAGAGCUGCUCAAACUAUGUGUGUGUGUGUGUGUGUGUGUGUGUGUACCUACUUAACCAUAUUCAGGGGAAAAAUGAGGUCCUCAAUUGUAAGUCUUUUAGAAAUGCAAAAAUACAGGAAGUUUUCUGUUAGAGUUGCUCUGUAGUAUGUAUAAGUAGCUGUAUGUAACAUUAGAAGUCUAUGUAAUGUCCCAUUUGGAAGUCAAUUGUGUGUUUGUGUGUUUUUGUGAUUGUUUGGCUUCACAGUUUCAAUGCAAAAUAACUUGUUUUCUUAACUAGUACUCCUCUUGUUUGCCACUAAAAACAUCCUUAAAUUAAGAAAUCAUGCAACCUUAAGUUGAUGCUUGAAAGAAAAAGAAGAAGAAGAAGAAGAAGAA